AUGUCUUCUGCUCCAGCCACUAACUAUAAAGUUGCCGAUAUUUCAUUAGCUGCCUUUGGUAGAAAAGAUAUUGAAUUGUCUGAAAAUGAAAUGCCUGGUUUGAUGUACAUUAGAAAAAAAUACGGUCCAUCCCAACCAUUGAAAGGUGCUAGAAUUGCUGGUUGUUUGCACAUGACCAUUCAAACCGCUGUUUUGAUUGAAACAUUGGUUGCUUUAGGUGCUGAAGUUACUUGGUCUUCUUGUAACAUUUUCUCCACUCAAGAUCAUGCUGCUGCUGCCAUUGCUGCUGCUGGUGUUCCAGUUUUCGCUUGGAAAGGUGAAACCGAAGAAGAAUACCAAUGGUGUAUUGAACAACAAUUGUUUGCUUUCAAAGAUGGUAAAAAGUUGAACUUGAUCUUGGAUGACGGUGGUGAUUUGACUUCUUUGGUUCAUGAAAAAUACCCAGAAAUGUUGGAAGAUUGUUACGGUUUAUCUGAAGAAACCACUACCGGUGUUCACCACUUGUACAAAUCUUUAAGAGAUGGUAAAUUGAAAGUCCCAGCUAUCAAUGUUAACGAUUCCGUUACCAAAUCCAAAUUCGACAACUUGUACGGUUGUAGAGAAUCUUUAGUUGAUGGUAUCAAAAGAGCCACCGAUGUUAUGAUUGCUGGUAAAGUUGCUGUUGUUGCCGGUUUCGGUGAUGUUGGUAAAGGUUGUGCCAUGGCUUUGCACGGUAUGGGUGCCAGAGUUAUUGUUACUGAAAUUGAUCCAAUCAAUGCUUUGCAAGCUGCUGUCUCUGGUUAUCAAGUUGCUCCAAUGGACGAAGUUGCUUCUAUUGGUCAAAUCUUUGUCACCACCACUGGUUGUCGUGAUAUCAUCACUGGUAAGCAUUUCGAACAAAUGCCAGAAGAUGCCAUUGUUUGUAACAUUGGUCAUUUCGAUAUUGAAAUCGAUGUUGCUUGGUUGAAAGCCAAUGCAGAAUCUGUUGUCAACAUUAAACCUCAAGUUGACAGAUACUUGAUGAAGAACGGUCGUCACGUCAUCUUGUUGGCUGACGGUAGAUUAGUUAACUUGGGUUGUGCCACUGGUCACUCUUCAUUCGUUAUGUCCUGUUCAUUCUCCAACCAAGUUUUGGCUCAAAUUGCCUUGUUUAAUGCUGACAACAAAGAAUUCAGAGAAAAAUUCCCAGAAUUUGCCAAGACUGGUCCUUUCGAUGUUGGUGUACACUUGUUGCCAAAGAUUUUGGAUGAAACUGUUGCCAGAUGUCACUUGGACCACUUGGGUGCUAAAUUGACCACAUUGACUGAAACUCAAGCUGAAUACUUGGGUAUUCCAGAAGAAGGUCCAUACAAGGCUGAUAUCUACAGAUACUAA